CUCUUUCCACUCAUGGUUCCUCAACCUCUACGAAGGCUGAGCAGAGAAGCCUGUCCCCAGUAUGAUAUACCUGGUUUCCAGAUACCCACUGCCUUCUUCUCGGAAAAAAUUCUGGUUCCCUCCCCUUAAGGCUGCAGACUUUCGCUUUCACUUCCUUCUCUGCGAGCGGACAAAUUUCCCGGUGAUAGGCGAUCAUGGCGCUGCUGGAGGUGUGCGGAGCCCCGCGAGGGCAGCGGGAGGACUGGGCUUUCUCUGCCGCAGGAAGCCGGCAUCGCUCGGACCCUGGACACUACAGUUUCUCUAUGCGAUCUCCGGAGCUCGCCCUCCCCCGGGGAAUGCAGCCCACUGAAUUCUUCCAGUCCCUGAGUGGAGAAAGGAACGUUCAGAUAGAGAUGGCCCAUGGCACUACCACACUCGCCUUCAAGUUCCAACAUGGAGUAAUUGUGGCAGUGGAUUCUCGGGCUUCCGCAGGGAGUUACAUUGACACCUUAAGGGUGAACAAGGUGAUUGAGAUUAACCCUUACCUGCUUGGCACCAUGUCUGGCUCUGCAGCGGACUGUCAGUACUGGGAGCGUCUGCUGGCCAAAGAAUGCAGGCUGUACUAUCUGCGGAAUGGGGAGCGGAUCUCAGUGUCGGCAGCCUCCAAACUUCUCUCCAACAUGAUGUGCCAGUACCGGGGCAUGGGCCUCUCCAUAGGUAGUAUGAUCUGUGGCUGGGACAAGAAGGGCCCUGGACUCUACUAUGUGAAUGAAAAUGGGACUCGGCUUUCAGGGAAUAUGUUUUCCACUGGUAGUGGGAACACCUAUGCCUACGGGGUCAUGGAUAGUGGCUACAGGCCCAAUCUUAGCCUUGAAGAGGCCUAUGACCUCGGCCGCAGGGCUAUUGUUCAUGCCACCCACCGAGACAGCUAUUCUGGAGGCGUUGUCAAUAUGUACCACAUGAAGGAAGAUGGUUGGGUGAAAGUGGAAAGUACAGACGUCAGUGACCUGAUGCACCAGUACCGAGAGGCCAGUCAGUAACUGUGGUGGUGGCUGGACAGACCUCUGGGAAAACCUGGCUAACUCAGAGACCUGAACCAGCUUACACUCCAGGAGAAAGAGGGGCCUAACCUGAGCCUGGAGAUAAAGAACCAGAGGCCAGUGGGGUUGGGACAGAGUUUAUCCUUAUUCAAGUUCUGUUUCUUCAACCUUUUGGGUACCCUACUAAGCACAAUAAAGGAAAACGGUUAUAAAAGCC